GUUCUCAACAUGACAUCAAGUCUUUCGCUUGGAUUUGCAUUCGCAUUUGUGGUAGCCGUUCAGGGAUGGGACUACGGCUUGGAACAUUACCAUCCAGCACCGAAUUACCAUCAUGGCCAGGGGCAGCAGUACGAGCUGUCGACGUGUCCACCAUCGGGUCCUGAAGGCCUCGUUUGUGCUGGAAUUACCGGAUCGGAACCCUUUACCUUCCCCAAUGCCUGUGAGGUGGCUCGUUUUCGUACUGUCACCGGCAAGGACUGGCAGAUCAUCCAUGAGGGCCGAUGCGACAACCUGGAGGUGUGUCCAGGACAUUGCCGGAAUCAGUAUAGUCCCGUUUGCGGCAAGUUCCAGGACGAGAGGCGCAACUUCAACAGUGAGUGCGAACUGCAGCUGGUCAAGUGCCGCACCGGUGACCCUUGGAGGAAGCAGCACGAUGGUCCUUGCGAGAGCAGAUAUCCCGCUGGCCAAUCACCUCGCGUUCGAAACUACAAUCCCUAUGCCGUAAAUCCCUACCCAUCGCACCAUGGAUACUCUGGAUUGCAACAAUCUUAUGGAAACCAGGGAUCUUAUGGAUCGCAAGGAGCUUAUGGCUCUCAAGGAAGUUAUCAUAGAUCAUAUGAGUCCCAAAGAUCAUUUGUAGCCUAUGGACCAUAUAGUCCCUACGCAAUCGCAUCACAGUCUCAGCCAUCGUUCGUCUCACCUCCGCCUCCGUACAAGACGCCCGUUUACUAUCCCUAUGAGAUAACCUGGGAGAACCUGCCAACGGAGUUUGGUAUUCAUAGCAAAACGUAUGAGAACCUGCCCAGCGAGUAUCCUGCACCGGGAUCCAAUGCCGAUUCGUAUGAGAAACAGCCCACAGAUUAUGCUACAACCUCUAAGCCAUAUGAGAAGCCGACCUAUGAGAAGCCCAAUACUUAUGAUAAUCCUACAUAUGAGAAGCCUGCCUAUAACUCUAACACAACGAGCACGACUUCCACAACAAUGACCAGUACCACGGAGAAGACAACUGCAGCACCUACUACCACACCCCAGCCCGAGCCCGGUGCCACCACUUUGGCCUCAAAUCUUCGACAGAACAUCAAGAUUAAUGCAGUGGUCGAAGCACCAGUAACUAAAUCCACCAAUGAGUCCUCUACGACAGCUUCCCCAACCAAAGCUCCAGUUACCGUGAAGAUUGCUCCUUUAACAAAAUACGCAACGACUGCUUCACCUCAACACGCAACAACCACACCAAGGACGACUUUCGAAAAGGUGAUCAAGAUAAAUGCUGUGCAGGAGAAGAAUAAUUCCACAACGAUGCCAACUACAACGACUAAAGCACAAAAGUUUUAUCCAGCCUAUAAAUCCACUCCCAUUGAUACAACAAGAAAAACGGUGGCGGAAACAACGAAGGCAUCUCUCGACAAACUCAUCAAAAUAAAUGCGGUUCAAGAGACAACUAGUACCACUGAAAAAUCUACUACAGUAGAAUCAUCUACAGAAGAGCCAUCGACAUAUAAAUCAUAUCCAACCUAUCAAUCGCCUUCCUCCUACAGCUCAUACCCAACUUAUCAAGUCUCUAAAUCCUACUAUGAUUAUUCCCCUACAGUAUACACAACAACUGAGAAGCCAAAGUUCACAGAAACAACACAAGCUCCUCUCGAUAAACUCAUUAAGAUAAAUGCAGUUCAGGAGACAACAUCUACCACUGAAGAACCAACUACAGAAGAACCUACUACAGAAAAACCAACGACUUAUAGUUCAUAUCCAACAGCUUACAAUUCCUAUCCGAGCUAUCAAGAACGAUCUUCCUAUAAGACCGCCUCUCCUACUUAUGAAGCCCCUUCAGUAUACACUACUACUGAGAAGCCAAAAGUCACAGAAACAACAAAUGCACCUCUUGACAAAUUCAUUAAGAUAAAUGCCGUCCAGGAGACAACUAGUACAACCGAAGAAUCAACUGCAGAAGAACCAACGACUUAUAAGUCCUACCCAGCAUCUUAUAAGACAUACGAUUCCUAUCCCAGCUAUUCCACUUAUAAAGCCCCGUCUACCUAUAAAACCACAACAACUGAACAGCCAAAGGUCACCGAAACAACCAAAGCUCCUCUUGACAAAAUAAUUAAGAUAAAUGCGGUUCAGGAGACAACAUCUACGUCCGAAGAACCAACUACAGACGAAUCUACUACAGAAGAACAAACGACUUAUAAACCGUACGCAACUUCCUAUAAAGCCUACGAUGCCUAUCCCAGCUAUCCCACUUAUAAAGCCACAAAAACUGAGACUCCAGAGUUCACAGAGACAACAACGCCAGCUUUCGAGAAAAUCAUUAAAAUAAAUGCGGUUACAGAGGAGACAUCAGAAGAACCGACAACUUCCACUGAGGAAUCAACGACAAUUUCCACCGAAGAAACGACAACAAUUUCAACUGAAAAACCAACUACUUAUCCUUCGUAUCCCACUUAUCAAGCCACAUCGUAUCCAACCUAUCAGGCACCAUCUAUUAAUGAAAGCUAUACAGAAUAUAAGGAGUUAUCUUACACCUCGCCAGGUUACAAAUCGCAUGAAACUUACAAGGAGACAAAAACCUACCCAGCCUAUUCCGGGGAUUCCCCUGUUAUCGUAAAGACAGUCAAUGGGAGUACAUUUACAAGGAUGUAUGUGGAGGUACCCGGAAAAACCGGAGCCAAAAAGUUCAGCCUGGAGACUUCCUCCGGCGACAAUAAAAGCCAUCUGCAGCAAGUCUAUUUCUUGAUGUUCAAUUAAGCCACAAU